GAAACUCUCAGAACUGCUUUUAGUGUUACAAUUGCAUCACAACACAAAAAAGAUUUCCUGAAUUCAAUGACAGGCAGCAGUACUCGCCUCUAGAUCUAAAGAGCAGUUCAAUGGGAAAUCCGGGCGUUUGAUAGCAAGCUACUCUCGAAUUUCCUUUUGCAUUCGGUUACUGCUGUCUGUCUGUGCACAUAUGUGCUCACUUGUGUGUCAUGUCUGAGGUAAACUCUCCAAGCUUAAUCGUGCAUAGUCCAGCGAACGACAGCUCCACAGACCGGGAAUCGCAGGACCUUGAAAGCGAUAACAAGAAACUCCGAAGAAGAGAGAAAAACCGAAUUGCCGCGCAAAGAAGUCGAAAGAAACAGACGCAGAAAGCAGAUAAACUACACGAGGAAUAUGAAAGAUUGGAACAGGAAAAUACUGCUCUAAAAAGGGAAAUAAGGAAACUUAGUGAAGAAGUGAAACAUUUAUCAGAAGCUUUGAAAGAUCAUGAACGCAUUUGUCCACUGAUACAGUGUGCCAUGAACUUUGUCACAAUGCCUAGGCCUCACUCAGAUGGACUUGCCAGCUGUUUAGCACGUCCUGGUCAAAGUGAAGUCUCUUAAGUGGCACUGAAAUUGCAAAAUUUAAUUUUAUCACAGAAGAUUCUGAUACAUUGUCAAAUGUUUGAAUGUGUUCGAUUUUUGUUUUGUAAAUAGAGAGUCGUGAGGACAUUAUUUAUGAGAUGUUGGCCCAUAUUAUGAACUGAUGCUGCUGUGGUCCUGUGCACUGUCAUGCCAAGUCUGAAGACAAAGGCACACUUAUAGUGACCUGAACAAUGUGCAGUACGGCGAGACUUGUGGAUGAGUACGACAAGAAGUCAGCAAAUCCGAAAAUGAUGUUGCAAGCAAUUCACUAUGUCUUUUAUGUAUCUCCAGAACAGUGUGGCAAGUUUCUCACUAGACACCAGUGGAUUGCUAAUUAAAGGGAUUGUUAAGUGCCUUGUUAUGCCACAAUUCACUUCAUUAAUAUUCAGCUUCGUCUCUUACCUAAAUACUUUGAACAAACUAGACAUCAAGUAUUUCACUAGGGAGGUCAGAAUGCAUAUUUGACAACUUCCGCUCGCUACUUGGUGACAAUAUCUCAGGGCACUCUCUUAAGCAUCCUAUAUCCACAGACAUUGGCAUCCAAUAGGUGCCAACCUCUAUGAAUCUUAAUGGCACACCUCCAACUCACUUAAAAGAUACUUCAACACUUCAGUGCUGCACCUCAAGUUGCAAUACUGCUACAGUGCAUUCAGGGAUUAGCAGCCAUCUCAUGGACCAGACGUGGCUGCAUCUCCGGACUGUGUGCUUGUUAUCACAGUGAUCACUUGCUCUGAGCCUCUCUGAAUGCUCUUGGCAUCCCAGACUUGCAUUGCUUUGCCUUCCCUUUUUGCACUCUGCCCUCUCAUCCAGAGAUACCAGGCUUAUGGUGCAUCUAUAUUGCCUUUCCACUUAGUGCAGACAGAAAGUCAGAAAAACUGUCAUGGAUAUCAGCAGUCCUCAGUUAAGACGAGGGUAGUAGCUUACAGGUACAGAUCCCUUCCCACAAUGUGGGUGCCCACCUUUCAUUGUCUACCAUGUCCAAGGUACACGCUAGGAACCAUGCAGGGCAGAUCGCACUUGCCACGCUUGUCCUGGUGCACAACAGCUUUUUAUCGACCCCCAGUGCCAGGGAUGCGAGUCAAUUCUGGGAUAUCCUGGGAGUGGCAAGUUGUUCUGUGAACUGUGCCAAGUAAGAUUGGGCUAGAAUUGGAUGAGAGGGACAUAAAAGGGGCAGUGUAGGUAGUUGAUGAGGCAAUUUUGGUAAGACAAGGGAAAAAAUUUUGCUAGAGUAUAGUGAAAAACGCACCAAAAAAAAUCUCAACACACUUGGUACUUUGCCAAAAAGUGUUACGUUCAGCCCAUAAAUUUUUCUUUAUUUUGCAUAUUGUUCAGGGAAUAUAUGUAUAAUGCUCCUCUGAAAUCAAAUGCUAUAAGAUUCUUAGCAGUUGGAUAGUCCUCGUAACUGAAACCUGGCAUGCAUCUUAACUUUAAACACAUCCGCACAAAGGCAGGCCAGGAGAAUAUAAUAUUUGGUUACACAAUUUAAUAAGCUUUGUCGUGAACAGUAAGAAAGUCAGCUUUUUGAGACAAACGUUCCGAAAUUUUGCAUUUGUUUAGUAAACCUUUGCAUCCCCAACACCUUGCCCCUACGCUGCCCUUUUAGCUGUAUUUUCAAUGUCAUAAGUUUUGAAACCAGCAAGUAGUAAACUUUGUUCUGUCCUUAAAUAAAAAUAAAACUGACCAAAUGAAUAGUUAUAUUUCUUGUGGCUACUCACUCCUGAGAUUUGAACUCUGUGGGAGUUUCAUUUCCUCUAAAAGGUGAAGAAAGCUCAACAUCAUAUCCUACACUAAAUGAAAAAAACAGCACGUAGCUAUGUCCACAAAACAAAAAAUAGCAAUUCUUCACCACAGUGAUAGGUUCUUGCAUCCAUUAAGAGAAAAUUCAGAUGAACUGUAAAGUAUUCAUACAAUAACAUUUUAGAAUCCAAAUGUUUGUCUGUGACGUAUUAUGAAGAUUCAUACACUUUUUUGUGGUUUCUGAAAGUAGCUAAUGGCUUAAUCUUUAGACAUGGUUAUUUUACGUCUCAAAUCUUGAAUCUCCAUGGUUUUUUGAUACUCCUUUUAAUUAUUGCUGUUCUGUGAUUGCUUUUGUUUUGAACAAUGAACGUGUGUCCUCUGUUAAAGACAGGUGAUCGGUAACCAUUGUGGUAGAUACAGUCUGUCUUAAUGUUAAUGAAUGCUUAACUGACGAACAGUACAUCUAGUGACUGAAAGUUAGACACGUUAAAAUUUCCGUUUCUUUUGCUUUUAUCGCACCUUCCCCAAAGCAUCAAGUCACUCACAUAC